UUGAGCAGGAAAAAGCUGACACUGCUGAGGGAGAUGCUGGCGGGCUGUGGCGCAGGUACCUGCCAGGUGAUUGUCACCACUCCCAUGGAGAUGCUCAAAAUCCAGCUGCAGGAUGCGGGGCGAAUUGCGGCACAGAAGAAGCUGAUGGCAGCGCAGGCCCAGCUCUCCUCUUCCUCUGCGGUGGGGGCGGCGGCAAAGCCAGCAGUGGAAACACGCACCACAGCAAUGCAGAUAACAAGAGAGCUGCUGCGGAGCAAAGGCAUUGCGGGACUCUACAAGGGCCUGGGAGCCACACUGCUAAGGGAUGUCCCAUUCUCCAUCGUUUAUUUCCCGCUGUUUGCAAACCUGAACAAGCUGGGACAGAAAGACCCCAAUGUCAAGGCUCCAUUCUAUGUGUCCUUUCUCUCCGGGUGUGUGGCUGGCAGUACGGCUGCGGUGGCUGUCAACCCUUGCGAUGUGAUCAAAACGCGGCUGCAGUCCUUGCAGAGAGGAGUGAACGAGGACACCUACUCAGGAAUCCUGGACUGCACCAAGAAGAUCUGGCAGAAGGAAGGGCCCAUGGCCUUCCUGAAAGGGGCGUACUGCCGAGCCCUGGUCAUUGCUCCUCUCUUCGGCAUCGCACAAGUUGUCUACUUCAUCGGCAUUGCGGAGUUCCUGCUGGACAUGCUCCCCAAGCACCGGGCCUAG